AAUUUGUGAAAGAAAAAUGAAAGAGAGUAAGUACACAUCUUAUUCAACACACAAUUUCGGCAGCCCUAUUAAAGUAGGCUUGGAGUUAGUUGUCCAAACAAGAUUCGAUAGGAUCAAUGCAGCAACCAUUCAACUAACACCCAACUCUAAAAUUAAAAGCUUUAAAAAGGGAUCACUAAAAAACAUCCUCUUCCCUUGCGCACUCCUCGUCCUCUCCGCCACUUCUCCAUUUCAUAUUCAUUCUUUAAGAUCCAUUCCUCUCUCAAUGGCUUCUAUCACAGGCUCAUCCAUCUCCUCCUCCUUCAAACUUAAUCAGGCACUUAACCGUGUCUGUUGUUUGAAGACACCUUCUAUUUCUUUCAAGGGGAUAAGCUUGUCUUCCAGCAGAUUGAAUCAAGCCACUCGUCGCCUCAGUAUUACUUGUGCGGCUAAACCAGAGACUGUCAACAAAGUGUGUGACAUUGUGAAGAAACAACUGGCUCUUUCCGCUGAUACUGCAGUUUGUGGAGAGUCCAAGUUUGCUGCGCUUGGUGCUGAUUCUCUUGAUACGGUGGAGAUUGUCAUGGGACUUGAGGAAGAGUUUGGCAUCUCCGUGGAAGAAGAUAGUGCUCAGAAUAUUGCAACAGUUCAAGAUGCUGCAGACCUGAUUGAGGAUCUCAUUUCAAAGAAUGCUUGAGACUGAACUGAAAUUUAGAAUGUCAGCUAGUUUGCUUGUUAGGGUAUCUCGCUUUGGCUGUCUUUUACGGUUCAAGAUAAUGUUGUUUGGGAUAUUGAACUUUAUCUAGUUAAAAGACUCUGUUUCAUCAGGCAGGAAGCCCUCGUGGCCUGUCUUGUUUCAUUUUCGGUCGAACCCUGCAAUCAAAUCUAAAGAUAUACUGUAUAUCUAUUUUGGCUA